AUGUCUUUUCGAGCCACUGUUGUUGGUACGCAGAAUCAAAUUUUAUGGUUUAAAUCGCUUAAUGCCCUGUAUAAUAUAAGGGAACAAAUUAGUUUUAGUAUAACAUCUAAUGACGUUACAAUCUCUGCAAUGAAUGAUUCGGAUACUUCAUUAUGUCAAGUAACAUUUCAAAAGGAUUUUUUCCAAGAUUUCGAGUUUAAACCUAAUGAAAUUGUAUUUGGUGAAGAAGGGUUACAAGUGAUUACUGAUGCUAAGGGUACCUACCAUAGGAUUUAUAGUUUUAAUGUCAAUGGCAAACAUUUGGCAAUUAUUUCUAAAGUUUCUGGAAAUGAUGUAAUUAAGAGUUUCACUUUAAAGAUCAAUAAUACAUCAACAUGCCCUGAAAUUUUUACAAAUAGAUUACUGGUCGAAAUAGAGAUGGAAUCUGCAAUGAUAAAGGAAUAUACACCACAGAUAUCACCAACUAAAUAUGAACCUGUGAUGAUUAAUUUAAAUUACAAGAAAAAGUUCUUAGAUGUUUAUAGUACUGCACCUACCCCAGAAAGACCAUUGGAUUCAAAAUUACUCGAAGUCUUUAGAAACAUUGAAAGUCAAUUAGAUCGUUCUAUAUUUGAUAUCAAUCUAGUAUCAGGCGUUAAUGAUAAAAAUAAAUUAACUUCGGAUGAUGAAAUCAAUUACUUCUGUUGCCAUCAAACUUUAUUCAGAAACUUUUUAGAAAAUUGUAAUCCUGCAAUUACUGAUAAUAUUAAAUUGGAAAUAAAUAUCAACCGUUUGACAAUAACAGCUUAUUCGAAAUCUAUCCAAGAUCAAAACAAGGAUUUAUUAAAAAAUGCAAUAAGCAUGAGCAACACAAUCAGUACUUCUUCAUUGGAUAAUUACUGUUUAUUCACCACAAUUAAUGACGACAUAGAGAGAGAAACAAUGAAGAAACAUCCAAUGAAAAGCAUAAUUUAUUAUCUAAAAGAUUUCAAAAAUUUCAUUGGGAUUACUUCUGCACCAAAGAAUUCUAUAUCCAACAAUGACAAUAUUAGCGUUUGGUUCUGUCGCCCUGGGUUCCCAAUAUUAAUGGAAAUGAAAAGGCCUGGAGUGACUUUCCAAUUAGCUGAAGUAACGAUUUCAACUGAUAAUAAAUUCGAAACUCCAGUAAAUAGCUCUCCAACUAAGGGUAAAGUAAUAAAGGUUUCUGUUUCUCCAGAAAAACUAGAUAACCAAGGGAGGUAUGGUAAACUACAACCGAAUCAAAAGCCGGAGCCUAUAAGUCCAACAAAGGAAUUACGUCUGAAAUCAGAAGGAAUAAUCACAGGGAACCGUUAUAACAGCUCACAUAAAAUAGUUCCAAGAGAGUUAAAAAAGGCAGCGCAAAAGCUAUUUGUGGAGGAUGCAUCUCAAGAUGAUGACUUUGUUGAUGUCAAUAGUCAUUCUAAUGACAAACACAAUACUGAUCAACAUAAGGAAGACUUAGACACACUCAAUAGAAAUAAUUUUAAUAUAGACACGACUAACAAUGAACCAAUUGCUGAAAGACAUGGAACCACAAUUGGCUGGGGUAAACGAACUAACGAGAUGAGAGAAGAACAAGAGUCACCAACAAUAGCUAAAACAUCUAAUCAAGAUAGCGCAAUGGAUAAGGAAAAUUCAAAUACGAGGAACGAAACACCAAGACUUAAACAACCAAAAAACGAAUUGGAUCUUGGUUUUGGUCCAACGCAACCUGAUACACCCAAGGGUUUAUUCGAUUAA